CCUUCCCACCUUUAUUUCUCAAUCUCCUUCUCUCUCUUUCUCUACCCGUCUCUUGCAUAUUGGAGCAUAGUUUGAUCCAAAUGAGCUAUCUUUCAAACUGGGCAUCUUUGGAUAGGAGCAGAAGCCACUAUGAUUAGGAAUAAAACUAAAGGAGCUAUUUACAAAUACAAAUCUGCAUUUCUCCACAUUAUUGAUUGUGUAUUUAACUAGUUGGGAAAGGAUUUUCCUUUCCAUUAAUUUCUGUGCAAAUGUCUAUGAAAUCUUAACGGACUGGUGGGAGGAUUCCUGAGAAGGAUCAAAGGCUUGAGAAGAUGCCACUUAAAGAACAAAUUUACCAAGACUCUACGGAAUGGUAAAGGGUCAAAAGUUAACCAAGAGAAAAAUUGGCAUCUUCUUUGUGUUGCAAGUAUGAGAAAGCCAUUACUUUAGAGCAUAUGGCCAUCCGUUCAAACUUUAAACCCCUGCACACAUUUAACAAAACUGCCCUGAACGAAGAAUAACUUUGGGAAAACACCAAUUCAAGAACAUUGGGAAUGAAGAACCUAUUGAAGAUUCUGGGAUAUUUCUGCUUGUGGAUUAUGGUUGAAGCUCAAAUGAAGAUCCCACCAGAGACGGUGCAGCAGUGGGCAUCAGUGUUCUCUGUUCAGCUCCGAGAGUUUACAACCAAAUACUCUGGCUCUAUGUUACUUCAGAAGAAACUACAGGAUGUGGGGUCUAUUGUUAGGAUUAUUGAUUUGGAUGGAAGUGAAUUACUGAGGGACUACUCUGGGGACAUUGAACAAAUGUUGGGGAGUAAGAUGAAGUCUGUAAAGAGGUUAGCAGAGUCUGCAGAAGAUGCGGACCUGUACCAUGAAUUCAACUCUUCACUUCAGUUUGAUUACUACAACUCCAUGUUUAUUAACACACUAGAUGAAGAUGGGAACUCUGUUGAACUAGGUGGAGAAUUUCCACUUGAAGAAAAUGAACAUUUUAACAAAAUGCCUGUCAACACUCAGCUGAGCACCAUCCAGGUUCCCACAAAUGUUUAUAACAAAGAUCCCAAGCUUCUUAAUGCCAUCUACAACUCUGAAGCUAUAAACGAUGUCUUUAUCAGCAAUUUUCAGAGAGAUCCCACACUUACUUGGCAGUACUUUGGCAGUUCAUUGGGCUUUUUUAGAAUAUACCCUGGUAUUAAAUGGACUCCAGACACCAAUGGUGUAGUUGCCUUUGACUGCAGGAACAGGAACUGGUAUAUUCAGGCAGCCACAUCUCCCAAGGAUAUUAUCAUAAUGGUGGACAUCAGUGGCAGCAUGAAGGGGUUAAAGAUGACCAUAGCAAAGCACACUAUCAACACCAUCCUGGAUACGCUGGGAGAGAAUGAUUUUGUCAAUGUCAUUGCUUACACUGACUACGUACGCUAUGUGGAGCCAUGCUUUAGAGGAACACUGGUGCAGGCUGACUUGGACAACAGAGAGCACUUUAAGCUGUUGGUGGAGGAGUUGCACGUUAAAGGAGAAGCAAAAAUAAAGAAUGCGAUGAAGGAGUCCUUUAAGAUCUUAAAUGAGGCAAGGAUCAAUGGCCAGGGCAGCAUGUGUAAUCAAGCAAUUAUGCUAAUCACAGAUGGGGCCAUGGAAGACUUUGAGUCUGUCUUUGAAGAAUUUAACUGGCCAGAGCGCAGGGUGCGAGUGUUCACCUACUUGAUUGGCAGAGAGAUGACAUUUGCUCAAAACACCAAGUGGAUAGCUUGCAACAACAAGGGCUACUACACACACAUCUCUACACUGGCUGAUGUUCAGGAGAAUGUCAAUGAGUAUCUCCAUGUGCUCAGUCGACCAAUGGUCAUCAACCAUGACCACGACAUUAUCUGGACAGAAGCCUACAUGGACACAGUGCUUCCCAACACAAAGGAGCUUUUCUAUACCAAAGCUCAGAGUCUGCUGCUGAUGACUUCUGUGGCUAUGCCAGUUUUCAGCAAAAAGAAGGAAACGCUGUCACAUGGAAUCCUGCUUGGUGUGGUUGGCACUGAUGUUCCACUAAUGGAGGUGAUGAAGCUAGCACCCAGAUACAUUCUUGGACCACAUGGCUAUGCCUUUCUUCUUAACAACAACGGUUACAUCCUGGCUCAUCCUGACCUCCGACCUCUCUUUAAAGACGGCAAGAAACUGAAACCAAAGCCGAACUACAACAGUGUGGAUCUUUCAGAGGUGGAGUGGGAGGAUACAGAUGAGAUGCUUAGGACACCCAUGGUAAAAGGUGAAACUGGGAGUAUAACCCUGAACAUCAGAGCCUCUGUGGAUAAAGGGAAGAGACCAUUGUACCUGAUCAACAACUAUUUCUACACCAACAUUGCUGAAACGCCUUUCAGCUUUGGCAUGGUGCUUACCAAGGGCCAUGGCAGUCUAAUGUUUACAGGAAAUGUGUCAGUGGAAGAAGGACUGCAUGAUCUGACCUCCCCUGACCUCAGCAUUGCCUCUGAGUGGACCUACUGUGAGACAGACAUUGACCCUGAUCAUCGAAAAUAUACCCAGUAUCAAGCAGUCAUCCGAUACCUGCAGGGGAAGGAGCCUGACCUAGAGUGUGACGAGUUAUUGCUCCAGCAGACAUUAUUUGAUGCUGUGGUCACUGCCCCGUUAGAGGCUUACUGGAACACAUUAAUGCUUAAUGACAGGCUGGAGCCAGGGGUUGAGACUGCGUUUCUUGGGACUCGUUCAGGCCUAAUGAGGUUAAUGAGAUAUGCAGGAACUGAAAACAGAGUGGCAAAGAAGUUCCUGACUCCAUCAGACAAAGAUAACCUGUUUACUAUUGAUCAUUUCCCUCUCUGGUACCGCUUAGCCGUGGAAAACACUCCCGGCAGGUUUUACUACUACCCUGUUAAUGACAAAGGAGUGAAGUACGUCAUAGCAACAACAGCGGUUACGGUAUCAUCUGGAGAAAGAACGGCAAUGGCUGGAGCGAUCGGAGUACAGAUGUCCCUGGAUUGGUUGGAAAACAGGUUUUGGAGCAUCGCCAAAGAGCCCAGCGACACAGAUUGCUCAAAUGUCGAGGGUGUGUGUCCUCUGAGUUGUGAAAGUAAUGACCUAAGUUGUUUCCUAGUCGACAACAAUGGCUUCAUCCUACUGUCCAAAGAGAGGAAUGAUGUUGGACGUUUCUUUGGUGAAGUGGAUGGGUCUGUCAUGGCUUCAUUGAUUAAAAUGGGAAUGUUUAAAAAAGUGUCUUUGUUUGACUAUCAGGCUAUGUGCAAAAGCAGCCACCAUCAUACAAGCAGUGCUCGACCUCUGCUAAGUCCAUUCUACACGAUUUUGGCUCUGAUGAGAUGGCUUUUCUCCAAUGCUGUGAUGUUUCUGCUCGACUUUAACCUCUGUGGUCUUUGGCAUUCGGAUUAUUUUGUGGAUGCCAAAGCUGGUUAUCACACAUCUCAUAAGCAAAAGAAGGUGGAGGCGCUGCAGCCCUGUGACACUGCAUAUCCUGGCUUUAUGUAUGACUCCUCUAUCAGGGAAGCCAACAGUCUCAUCAAGUGUGGACGCUGCCAGAAGAUGUUUGUGGUGCAGCAGAUUCCAGACAGUAAUAUGGUUUUGGUUGUGACCCAAGCUACCUGCGAUUGCUCCCGUCAGUUCGGACCCAUCCUGCUGCAGCCAAAGGAAAUUAAAUAUAAUGCAACUGUGAAGUGCAACAGGAUGAAGUCUCAGAAGGUGCGAAGGCGUCCAGAAUCCUGCCAUGCCUACCACCCAAAGGAGGACGCUAAGGAAUGUGGUGGGGCAUCUGCCAUCUCCUUGUCCCUUCCUCUCUUCUCUGCCUCUCUGCUGUUUUCACCGGUCCUCCUUCGGUGAACACAAACCAGGAUAAACCCAUUAAACUACCAGAAGAUAUGAAAAUUCUUCACUAGUUAGUUAUAAUCAGUUUAUGUUUUAUGUAGACCUUAAGCAAUGAGUCUCUGUAUUACAGGGAUAAAUGUCUAUUUCAUUUUUAAUCCAUUUUUUACUCAGUUUAGAAUGUUUUUGUAAUAGGUAAAAACUGAUUAAAAAGAUUAAAAAGAACAGCACCCAAGUCUCCUAACCUGACUCUGAGGAAAGGUAGCUGCCUCCCGCUGGUCAGGUAUAAAAAGUGCAGCUUCAGUGUGCAGGCACAUUACCAUUGUACUUGGAUAUGCUGCAUUCUGGGAGUUCUUUCACUCAGAAAUGUUGUUUAUGAGAUGAGUUUUACAUUUUCAAAAAUGUGUCACAGUAGAUAAUAGAGUUGCAUUUUUAAACCCAAUGUUUUCAAAAGUUCAAGAGAAAUAGUGUCAUAGUGCUUCAUGAUUCGUUUCAUCUGGUUAAUCUUCCAAGCUACCAAUUCCCUUAUACUCUUUAAAUAUCUCCCACUCUUAAGUUUUUUUUGAAAGUCUUUAAUAGUAUUAUUUCUUUUCUACAUUCAGUUUAAGUAAUCAGGACACCUGACUAGAUUUCUCACAGCAGCAGUGAUUAUUUUAGUCACAUGGACAGAGCAUAUGAAAUCACAAAUAUAAGUAUUUACCAUAGCCUAUAUAGUAAAAGUUUAUACUUAUUCAG